CACAUUCUCUCAAACUUAUUUUCGUUUUCCAGAGAAAUUAUUGACAAUCAGAGAAGGAAGGAAGGAAGCAAGAAGACUUAAGAAGAUGAUAAUGGAAGAAGAACUUCAAGAGCGUAACAACAAUCUCAGCCUCGACGACAUUGAUCUUUCUCUCCUCCGUCUCACUUCACCACCGUACGACUACUCUCCUCCAUCAUCCUUGUUCUCCGCCGAUGAAAUCACUCCUCCAUUGAAACGCGCCUCCCCUGUUUCCGACGAAUCCGAUCUCCCCAAACGCAGAAAACUCUCCCCUCAAAACCCAAUCUUUACCACUUCUCCUCCUCUCUUCACUUCCCCGGAAACACAAACUUCCUCUGUUCAUGACACGAGCCGGUACACGAAUCUCACUAGCUCUGUUUCGGAGAAGCAAGAAGCGACGCCGUCUGUUACUGAUACAGAGACGAUGAAGAUGGUUAACAAAUGCGUAGAGGUGAUGAAUCGUGGAGAGACUAACUAUGCUUAUGAGAAGGAGCAAGAGGAGUUGGAAGAAGAAGAAGAUUGUGGAGGAGGGAUGAGGAUAGAGAGAUCUGGAGAUGGGUUUGUAAUUAGAUUGAAGUGUAGAUGCAGACAAGCUUUUAGGGUUCUUUUCUCUGAUGAUCAUCUCUACUUCAAGCCUCUCUAAGUUUCACUUCACACACUUGUGGUGUGAUUUAGUAUCUGCUUCUACUCAUUUGUUGCAACGUUUUUUGGUUGGACAGUUAUGGAGACUUUGUAAAUAGGAAGUAACCAAAAUUAAGAUUUACAUUUCGUGUAGAAAAAUGUGCAAUGAAAUGGUAAGAGUAAGAGCAAGAACUCGUUUUGUUGUAUAGAGAUUACAAAAAGGUUACUACUUAUUUAGAGUCAAAGUCAAAACUUUAAAAUUGUUUAUAGAGAUUAUCAAGAAACUUUUAAUCUCU